CCGACGGAAGAGAACGAGUGGAAGAAAGGGGAGGAGUGGGCUUGUGUGGAAGUUUUGUAGUGGAAGGAGAGAGGGUGCUGUGAGAGCGAUGGGGUUCCUGAACAGGGGGUAUGCUCGGGUUCUAGAUCGGACGGCGUCGGAGAGUGAGGUGGAGUGGGAUUGGUCUGCGGCGGCGGCGGCGGAGGCGGAGGCCGACGCCGGGAGCGGAUACCUUCAGAAGUUUGGGCUUUACGAGACUGUAUCGAAAUUCUAUAUGGUUGGAAGAGACAAGAGUAGAAGGCUAUGGAGAGUGUUAACAAUUGAUAGAUUGGAGCCUUGUGGGUUGAACAUCAGCGAAGACCCCACCGUGUACUCGGAAAUUGAAUGCUAUGACAUGUUGAACCGAAUACAUGAUGGGAACAAGUCGACUGGGGGACUAAAGUUUGUUACCAGAUGCUAUGGUAUUGUUGGGUUUUUCAAGUUCCUAGGGCCUUACUACAUGUUGCUUAUUACAAGAAGAAGGAAAAUUGGCACCAUAUGUGGCCAUGCAGUGUUUGCUGUCGCGAAGAGUGAAACAAUUGCACUUCCACAUUCUACUGUGGGGUCCGAUAUUGCUAAUUCUAAGGAUGAGAACAGGUUUUUGGUUUAUUCUGAAUGUGAAAAAUGUGUGAUGUCUCUUGUAUUUCUAAUGGACGCCGUAAUCAUUAGUGUUAAGCAAGUGUGCCAUACUGUCUCCAGAAAUGUUAUAUUGUUGAACUUCUAUUCUUCAUGUUUAAGCAUUUCAUUUUGUGACAGACCAUCUAAAUUAAUGAGGAAUUCCGUUUCCGAUUGACAAUCCCAAUGCACUAUGGGGGUUAUAUUUGUUGUAAUGAUGAGCUUUAUUUUCUUUUUGCUUUUGUUUAAUCCAUUCACUAGCUUAUGUUGUCCAAUUCUUCCGAAACCUAAAUGCUUCAAUGGUCCAAUUGUUUUUGUCAGCUAUAGAUGUAAUUUUAAUAGGAGUCAGUAUUGUCUUUGUAAGUAUUCCGCAUUUCCUUAAAUUUGUUUCAUUAGUUGAGGGCAUCUUUAUUUAUUUUAGAGUCAUUACAGUUUC